CUCUCACCCCCCCCCCCCCCCUUCUCGCUCUGCAAUCUUCACGUGCCGUCUCUGAGCAGUUGCUAGUUAUCCGUUUGUUUCUCUCCUGCAUAUCUUAUCCGUUGCCCCCCUCCCUUUUUCUGGAUCUUCGAGUCUGUCUCUCUGCGCGUGUUCUUCUGUCACGGCCUUGUGUCUACCCAACACAAACCCCAAAUCUGAUCUUUAUAUUCUCAUUUUCUUUGAAACGAAAGAGUGAGUAGUUUUGUUCGUUGGGUUCAAGUGUUUAGGGGGGAGUUUUUUUGUCUUUUUGACUGAGCAGUGUUGCGUCAAGUUGAGAGAAUAAUGGAAAACAGCAGAAGGCAAGUGGGCAACUCUUCUUCUUCUUCUUCCUCACCUAAUAACACCAACGCAAGCAACAGUCUGGAUCAUCUCUUUGGUCCCAAAGACUCGUUUUCUCCUUCUUCCGGGAGCUUCGGCUCUAUUUUCCCUCCACCAUCCACGGUCCUAGGAAGGAUUAACAACCAUUCCCGUUCUGAGACAUAUAUAGGCUCCCCCAGAAACCCGGAUUUGGGAAAUCAAGUCGGCAGUUGGAAAUAUGGAAAUCCAGGAGCGACUAAAGGUCAAAGCUUUAAGGGUGAUGGGAAUAUUGCAACUAGCAAGGCCGAGAGUGCCAUAUACCAGAAUGAAGCAGCUGAGCCAUGUUACCUGAGUUCAUCCAUCUACUAUGGUGGACAAGAGAAUUAUCCCCCGAGAACCGCCGAAUCUGACUCCCUCUUCAAGAAAGACGGUGUCAAUGAUGAUCCAAACGGAAGCAACUCGGACAGUGCUUCAAGAGGGAAUUGGUGGCAGGGGUCGCUCUACUACUGAGGCGUGCCUCUGUUACCAUAUAUAACCUGUAUGCUGACUGCCCUAAGCCGGAACAGCAGACUCUAAUCAGAAUAUGAAGGCAUAGAGCAAUGAGAGUAGAGAGUAGAAGUAUGAUGACCAACCGGGACUUGCGGCUUGAUAGGGUCUUUUUUGUCUCUUCGAGUAAAGUUUCCCAUGUCUAUCUGAUAUGAUGACAAUCAAUAGAUCUUAUGCAAGUUUCAUUGUACUAUGCUAUUAAAGAAAAGACUUGUUAACUUCUCUCGUCGA